AUGGCUGCUGUAGCUCAAUCCAACGCUGUAAGCUAUGAGACUUUCGAGAAGCUCGUGGCCUCUCAGAAUGGCGGCCAACUUCCUUCAGACCUCGAGAGCUUUUAUAAAUAUAUACUUGCCCAGCCUGAUGGUCCGUCGGACUUAGCUUCCUUAGCUGCCACCACCGCAACCAAGGCAGACAUCACCAGCAAUACUGCUGAUGCUGCCGCUCCUGAGGUAAAGGCAGCGGGUUUCAGAAACGAGACCUCAGCGAACGGUAGUGUCAUCAACCUCUGGGUUUACCAACGUGUCUAUAUCAACGCCCUUGGUAAAACGUGUACCAUUAACAUGGGCGGUGUCACACCGGGCUUUCCUGGUGGAGCAACAUUUGGCACGCUGUUAUAUGACGAUGAAAGUGAUCUCAGUGGUGAUUGUGAUGUUGUUUUCACUGGUUUUAUUUCCUACUUCGCCCUUUACUUCCGCAGGAACAAUAACCUUUUCGCCACCUACCAGUCAGGCAAUGUCGGGUGGGCGACUGGUGUUGCAGGUGGUUCAGGCAAUUGGGCUUAA